UCAAUUCCAGUCAUACGAUCUGUCAUCAUCCUUCGUACGAUGCAAAAAAGGGAAGUUGAAAGAAGUGGGAGAGGGAUAUCGCAAGCCUUAUGAAGCCUAACGUCAGCUAGACACACAGUCGUCAUCCCGUGGACAGGCACUGAGGUGCAGCGCACAUUUUACCGGGACAUCCCUCACAUUUAGUCGCUUCGGGAUAGUCAUUCAGGACAACUCCACACAGCACGUCAGUGUCCGGAGGAAGAGACUGGAGAGUGUGACAUGGCAAGUAGAGGUGGAGCAACAAGACCCAAUGGGCCAAAUGCAGGCAACAAGAUCUGCCAGUUCAAACUAGUGCUCUUAGGGGAGUCGGCCGUGGGGAAGUCAAGUCUUGUCCUCCGCUUCGUCAAGGGACAGUUUCACGAAUUCCAAGAGAGCACAAUCGGAGCUGCCUUCCUGACUCAGACAGUAUGUUUGGAUGACACAACAGUCAAGUUUGAGAUCUGGGACACAGCUGGUCAGGAGCGCUACCACAGUCUGGCUCCCAUGUACUACAGAGGCGCCCAGGCGGCCAUUGUGGUCUACGAUAUCACAAACGAGGAGUCAUUUGUACGAGCGAAGAACUGGGUUAAAGAGCUCCAGAGACAAGCCAGUCCAAAUAUUGUAAUAGCGCUGGCUGGGAACAAGGCCGACCUCGCAAACAAGAGAGCAUUGGACUUUCAGGAUGCACAAUCAUACGCAGAUGAUAACAGCUUGCUUUUCAUGGAAACAUCAGCAAAGACAUCUAUGAACGUCAACGAGAUAUUCAUGGCGAUUGCGAAGAAGCUACCCAAGAACGAGCCUCAAGCCGCCGGAGCUGCUAGUGGACGAAACAGGGGAGUGGACCUGACGGAGACGGCCCAGCCCACCAGCCGCCCCUGCUGCAGUAACUAACCCAGCUCUUCCUGCUCUCAUCCUCCCCGCCUUCCCUUCACCCCUACCAACUGAAUAACAUCUGGACAUGGAGCUGCUCGGCCUCCUGACGUCAGACCUGACCUUCAACCUCACUCCCCUGGAAUAGCUAAAGACUCUGUAUAGCUGCAUUUCUAAUACUUUUUGUUGAUGUUCUUUUUUUUUUUUUUUUUUUUUUUUUACUUUUGUUUAAAAAAAACGUGUAUAUCAGUAUAAUGGAUGCAUGUAUCACUACAAGGCCUAAAAAAACACACAUUUUUAUCUUUAUUCAGUUGGAAGACUAACCCCCAAUGAGAAAGAUGAGCGAGCAAGAAAUGGGUGAGUGUGUGAUUGAGUAUGUUGUGUGUGAAUUUCAAGAGCGAUUUGCUGAUGAGGAGGUGUAGCCCCACUCGUCAGUUCACAGGGUCGACGGGAUGUGAACGAUGUUGCAUCUAAUACACUGUGCGGUUGAGUUUUGCUCACAAUCAAAAAGAAACCAAAUUGUUCCCAUCAUGACACGCCUGGUGGCUCUGACUGUUUGAUAAGGCAUCAAAGCGUUGGCGCGGUGCCAGGCGGGCGUCUGCCGUGCAAACCAAGAAUUCCUGCAUCCUGUUACACAAGAGGAUAUCUCCCUCCAUGGUUCCUGCUUGAGUUUGGAGAAGUAUGAAAAAUGAAUUUGGUACUUUCCAGUUCUUGAAAAGUUUGGGAAAAAUACACAAAAAGUCUAAAAUAUGUUACAAAAGCUGCUUAUUCAGCACACGCCUGACUUCCCAUUAUGUGUAGUCACUGUCAUUCAAAAUAAUAGCAAAAAAAAAAAAAAAAAAAAAGUUGAAUGUGAUUUGUAAGCUAUAGCGUGAUAUGGCCUAGUCACAUUGCCCUGCUUGUGUCAGAACACAUCACACUGAACAACAAUCCAAAUCCUGACAUUCAGUGGUGAAAUCCUGGUCUGGAAAACACGGUGUUUUGAAGUGGAAAAUGUGCAGGAACCCUGUUCAUCCGCAGAGCAGCUUGGCAGGAACACGAAGCAUCAUUACCCCCGAGGCCAACAAGAGGCCGGUUCAACAGGAUUCUCAAAUGUGGUUUUUCAAUCGGACGACUUUCAUGACUCUGCAUAAUCGAGGCCCUCAGCGGCUUGUGUGUUACAGAAGUCCCGUGUUGUAUUGCGACACUGUUUAAAAACUGGAUGUUGAAUCGGUUAACGAUGUGGCUUCAAAAGAAAAAACACCGACAGGAACUUGGAGACUGCCGAGCAUACGCCAUCCUGCUUUGUGACUUGUCUCGCAAAGACUUGAACAUACGACUAGUCUUAUGUUAAUCCUUCGUCUUUGUUAAUCCACACUGUUACUGUUCAGGUCGGCAGUCAACCUCCAUCCAGUUCGCUGGUCUGAAUCGAAGGGGAUUAUUUUAGAGUAGGGUUCAGACAGCACACCAACUGAAAAUUUUACUAUUAUCCAUUGUCACCUCUGUGGAAAAUAUACUCUGAUGUUGUUAUAGGGUGCAAUGUUGCAAUGUUGUCUUCUUCCUCUUCUAGUACAGCUUGCAGAGCAUAAGCUCACCAGGAAAUUAUCUAGAGAUUCCGAACAAUUGUACAGUUCAAUAUAGGUCUGCUUUUUUUUUUUUUUUCUUUUUCUUUCUUUUAUUAUUAUUAUUAUUAUUUUUUAAAUUUUCAUUCUAGACCUUGUCACAAACUGGUCAAAUGUUAAUCAGUGGUGGUCUUUUUAGGUAUAUGUAGUGUUAUUAACAAAAAACAAACAAAAAAACAAACAAGCAAAAAAAAAAAAAAUCCUUCCCUGGUGUCUUGUUACUUUUUCUCAAAGAUGGUCCAUUCAUGUUUGAAAGGAACUUUUAUUGCAUUGCACAGUGUUGAUCAUGUUUUAAUUAAUGACUGCCCUUCAAUUUUAUAUGAUGGACUGUAUUGGACUUGCUAACCUACAGCUAUAAGCAGGUAGCAUAAUUAACCUAUCAGGCAGUCUCUCUUACAGCUCAAUGAAUUUUAAUGAUGUAAGACAACAUUACUAGUGAUGGGCUGAUCAGUUUUGAGUGUCUGGAUACAACUUAAUAAAUCCAAUAAAUGAGA